AUGGCCAAGAGAAACCACGAUGUUGGUAUUGCAAAGGGAAGAGGGAAACAGAGGAUUACCCCGGCAAGUAUUGCCCUCAUUAUCUUCCAGAAUAGGGUGAGAGCUCAAGCUCUGAUCCUGAUAAAGCCGGAAGACCAUGAGGCCGGUGGUCCAUACCCUACAAGUCCUGUCAGACUCAAUCGCUGGGUCCCUGGAAAGAUAGCUAUAUGCAGCUCAGGAUCAACUGGUGUUUGUCCCAGAAGCAAUCUGCUUGAUACCUUGGUCCUAAUACGGAGGGAUGACAAUUGGACUCCUGCUUUGCGCAUUAUCUAUGAAGGAUGGACUUGUUCAAUCGGGCAGUGGAUUGGCGAGAUUAUCACCAUGACAGACAGGGUCAAGCCCUGGGUUUAUUACGGCGACUACAGGGCCUCUGCCGGACACAACGCCCACAUCAUUAAUGGCAAGCUGACUUUGCUGAUUCGACAUGGCCCGUCCGCCGCAAAACAGUGGUGUGAAAAGCGCAAGUUGACUUAUGAUCCGUCUCGGUCACCACACGGCUGGGAUGGAUGUCUGUCCCAACUUUUCAGCAUGGCAGUCUUUGAUGAAGCGCAUUUAUUGCCCAACAAAGACUCGCGGAUAUCAAUCACAGCGAAAUGGAUGAACGCCUCCUUCAGUCUUCUGCUAACGGCGACGUCGUGCUUUGACGGUGUUGUUAUCUUUGCGUCUCGGAUCAAGGAAGCAGAACGGCUUGAGACCGUUUUCGCUGAAACCCAGCAUUCUGCUCCGGUCAUUGACUGUCAAGAGACCUCUAUGGAGCGGCACUCGCACAUUCAAGAAUUCAAGACGCCGGCUACCAGGUCCUGGGUACGGUUAAGUCCAAAGCCGCUAUGGGCCUCUUUUGGAAAUUCGCCGUCUUAGGGUCAUUUCAUGAGUAAACAGUGUAGAUAGCUUUACCAUACUACAGCUCACUCUCUCUCUCUCUCUCUCUCAGCGCUUUAUAGCGUAGA